UCAGGAUGUCUUUAAAAGUUAAUGCUCGUUUUAGAGUUGGUUAUGGCUAGUAAUUCGGGUUCUUCGGGACUUUCAAUACCAACCAGUGUGUCGGCAGGAAUUAGUGAAGUCAUUAUUCAACAACAGCAAUUACAGCAGCAAUUGAUGCUUCGACAGUUACAAGCACAACAACAACAAGCACAGCAGUUGCAGAUAGCAAACAUGAACAGUGUAACCAAUUCGAACAGAGUUCAAGGUCAGGUCAGACAUUCAGGAGGUCAACAGCAACAGGCGCAGUUACACACCAGUCAUCAGAAUCAGACCCAAAUAAGUGGUGCAUCUCAACCAGCGCAACAACAUCAACAAGGGUUCAAUGUGCCCUCAGUCGCCGUGAACAACACGGCUGCAGCAGCUGCUGCACUUUCUGCAACUUCGGCCUCAGUGCCUCAAUACAGACUGUCUUCGUCCACGCCGCAGAAUAAAUAUGGACAGUUGUUGGCCGUGAUCGAUGAUCUAGGCAGAGACAUCAGGCCCUCGUAUGCAGGCAGUCGCAGUGCACAGGAACGUCUGAAGAAAGGUAUCGUGCUGGCCAGGUCCAUAGUGAGAGAGUGCAUUAUUGAGGCAGAAAUGAACGCCAAAAACAACUGAUCAUGAAACUCAAUCUAAAAAAAGUCUAGGAAGUAUUUGUGCAUUAGUUUAUUCUUGUUUCGUAAGUUUAUUGCUACUCUUUUGAAUUUAAACUUUAAUUUA